UAAAAAAAAAAAAGUAUGGGUUUCAUAUUUUAGUUUGGUUCCAUAGUUCUUGACAACUUCUCUAGUCCUAAUGCUUAGCUAGCUAAUAUUUGGACACAAAGCUUAUGAUGUUUUCAACAUGGCAAAACUACAAAGUGGCAUGGAAGCUCGUGUAUUGGCCGAUCGAUACGCAGCCCAACUCCGGUUCUGCUGUCGUCAGAAUCCACCCUCAUACUCCCUUGCUCGAACCCUUCAUGCCCACAUCAUAACCUCUGGUUUAAGACCCAAGCAUCACAUAUUCAACCUUCUCAUUUCCAUUUAUUGUAAAUCAUCAAAAAUCAGUUAUGCCCGCCAACUGUUUGAUAAAAUUCCCGAACCAGAUAUUGUUGCUAGAACAACCUUGGUUUCGGCAUACUCUGCCAAUGGGAAUCUAAAGUUGGCUAGAGAGAUAUUUAAUGGAACCCCAUUAUGUAAACGUGAUGUUGUUUGUUAUAAUGCUAUGAUCACAGGCUAUUCACGUAACAAUGAUAGUCAUGGUGCUAUUAAACUCUUUUGUGAUAUGAGGAGAGAAAAUGUCAAACCUGAUAAUUUUACAUUCACUAGUGUGCUUAGUGCUUUGGCACUUGUUGUUGAUGAUGACACACACUGUCAGCAAAUGCAUUGUGCAGUGGUGAAGUCGGGGACGGAGUUGGUUACUUCGGUGUUGAAUGCACUGAUAUCGGUUUAUGUUAACUGUGCAUCUUCACUAUCGACAUCUUUGUCGUUUUUGUUGAUGGCUUCAGCUAGGAAAUUGUUUGAUGAAAUGCCUGAGAGAGAUGAGUAUACUUGUACUACAAUGAUUACUGGGUAUGUGAAGAGUAAGGAUUUUGUCACAGCUAGAAAUUUGCUUGGCGAGAUGACUAAUAAAGAUUCUGGGGCAUGUUGGAAUGCAAUGCUUUCUGGUUAUGUGCAACAUGGAUAUUUCCAAGAAGCAUGGGAAUUAUUUAGAGAGAUGUAUUCAAUGGGAAUAUCACCGGAUGAGUUCACCUACACAAGUGUUCUUAGUGCUUGUGCUAAUGGUGGAUUCUUUCGAGUUGGAAAGCAGAUUCAUGCUCGCGUUUUAAAAAUGACAGUUGAACCUAAAUCAAAGUUCUGGUUGUUUGUUAAUAAUGCAUUGGUUACAUUUUAUUAUAGAUGUGGUCAUGUAAAUGAGGCACGCUCAAUUUUUGAUAAGAUGUCUGUAAGAGACACUAUUUCUUGGACUGCCAUUUUAUCCGGGUAUGUAGAUGCACGGCGUCUUGAGGAAGCCAAAUCGUUUUUUAGUAAAAUCCCAGAUAAGAACAUUCGAACAUGGACUGUGAUGAUAUCAGGGUUAGCUCAAAAUGGAUUUGGAGAAGAGGCUGUGAAGUUGUUUAGGCAAAUGAGAUCAGAAGGUUUGGAACCGUGUGACUUCAUAUUUUCGGGAGCACUUACUUCCAGUGCUGUGCUUGGAGCAUUGGAACAUGGACGCCAACUCCAUGCUCUAUUGAUUUCCUUGGGACAUGAUUCAAGUGUCUCUGCUGGAAAUGCACUUAUAACAAUGUAUGCAAGAUGUGGUGUUGUUGAGGAUGCCAAACGCGUAUUCCUCAUAAUGUUACAUGUGGAUUCAGUGUCUUGGAUUUCUAUGAUUGCGGCUCUAGCCCAACAUGGACGAGGUCUCCAAGCAGUUAAACUUUUUGAACAGAUGUUAAAUGCAGGUAUCCAACCGAAUAGGGUAGCAUUCUUAACAAUCCUCUCAGCUUGUAGUCAUGCUGGUUUAGUAAAAGAAGGAUGUCAUUAUUUCAAUUCAAUGAGUUGUCCCCAUGGCGUAUCUCCAGAUGAAGAUCACUAUGCCAUCAUGAUUGAUUUAUUUUGUCGGUCUGGGAAGUUCUUAGAAGCCGAUAAUUUGAUAAAGUCGAUGCCUUUUGAUCCAGGUGCCCACAUUUGGGAGUCUGUUCUUGGUGGUUCCUGGAUUCAUGGGAAUAUAGACUUGGGUAUAAAAGCUGCAGAACGACUCCUUGAACUUAAACCAGAGCAUGAUGUAACCUACAUUAUCUUGUCCAACAUGUACGCCAAUGUAGGUCGGUGGGAAGAAGUAGCCAAGGUGCGGAAAUUGAUGAGGAAGAGAGGAGUGAAGAAAGAACCUGGUUGUAGUUGGAUUGAGGUUGACAACAAGGUCCAUGUUUUCUUGGUUGAUGAGACUAUGCACCCUGAAAUUGAAGCAAUAAACAAGUUUUUAAAUAAACUGGGACUUGAAAUGAGAAAAUUGGGAUAUGUUCCUGAGACUAAGUAUGUUUUACAUGAUAUGGAAUCUGAACUUAAGGAGCAUGCACUGUCCACUCACAGUGAGAAGAUUGCAGUUGGAUUUGGGCUCAUGAAGCUCCCUCUAGGAGCAACAAUCAGGGUAUUUAAAAAUCUUAGGAUCUGUGGUGAUUGCCAUAAUGCAUUCAAGUUCAUAUCUAAGGUGGUGAAAAGGGAAAUAAUAGUUAGGGAUAGCAAGAGAUUUCACCAUUUUACAAAUGGUGAAUGCUCUUGUGGAAAUUACUGGUAGAGCUGAGACCUGUAAAUUUAACUCGGGAAGCUGCAGGACUCGCUCAAAGUGUUAAUACUUAUGCAGAGAAGAUGGUGAGGUUCUACCUGGGACUCCAUUAAGUUAUUCAAACGGCAUGGAAGGUUGUGAACUGAGUUGAGGCUGGAACCAAUUUAGUACCAGCGAGUUUUCUUUGGGAAUUCGAUUUGAGGCUUUGGUACCAAGAUCACUAGCAACAGUAUCUACAAUGGCAAUAGUUGGCUUUGACUGUUUCACUCUUUGCUCUCAAGUCUUUCAUGUCGACAGAUUUGUUUGUGCUGGUGAGAUACUCCUAAUGAGGUUGGCAUUGGAAAAAGAAGUGAAGAAAAAAUGGGAAUGAGAAGAGUCACCUCAAUUGACUGUAUAAUAACUUCAGAGAAUAGUUGAUACAAAGAACAAGUACAGGAAUUUAAGUCUUAAGGAUAGAAAAUGAUGAAGAGAACUGAGUUAUGAAGCCAUAAGAAAGUGCAAAAACUUUGUUGUUUGCAGAAGCUGUAUAAACAUUUAUUAGAUAACAAAAGAGUGAUUAUUUCAAUCACCUCAAAAUAUCAACCAAUUCACCUGGUCUUCUAUUGGAUC